CCAUUUCCAAGGAAGCUAGAGACCGUCCUUUUUUACUAAUUCGCCUGCACCAUCCCCUUGUAUCGAGGGUCUAAUUCUACACCUUAUUCCAUUUUAUAUUCCCUAACAAUUUUUUUAGUUUUUUUUUUUAUAUUACUUUAAUUCUAAUGAAAACUCCUAUCUUCCUUCCUCUCCAUCCUUUUUCAUCUACCUUUGAAUCUUUUGACACUUGUAUAUAAAGCUUUACUUCCUCCUUUGUUACUCCUUUUCUAUCAAUCACCAAAACACAUUCAUUGUCUUAAACCCUAAACCUCAAGAACCGAACAACCACACCAAAAAAUGAGACCGGUUGGCUUGAUCUUUACGGUCAUGUUCUUGGUCUCGGCCUUUUCGGAAUCAAGAACCGCGGAUUGCAGAGUUCUCCUUGGUGGUUCGACGGAGGAAAUCGAUCAAUCUAAAAUUCAUGGGGUCGAUUUACGAAGUGAAGACUUAUUAGGGGUCGUGAUACAUGGUUAUAAGAAGCUAAGGUGGCUCUCAUCGGCCGGGGAGAGGAUGCAUACAAUGGCUUCAGGACCGAGCAGGAGAGGUGCUGGUCACUAAAAUACGAACCCAAACAAAACAUUAUACUUCGAUAUUUGUUUAGCUCAGGUCAUAGAAUCAUAUUUUUCAUUUUUUAUAGAUUAUUAUAUUUAUUCAGUCGCUAAAGAUCCAUGUAAAGUUUAGAAGGGUGAUAUUCUUUGAUCAUACAAUAGUCGGUUUCCUUCUCAUAAACACCAAUUUAUAGUACGUGCCCAUUAAUCGAUAUUUAUUUUAGUUU